UGUCGCAGGCUAGUAUUGCUCCAAUUCGCCACGUAUUCCAGCCUCUCGUCUUUACACAGUUUUAGGAAGUGAAUUGUUUAUUUCAUUGGAAAAUUGUUCGGUGUGUGAUCCAGCAAGAUUAGAAAGCGAUGAAAAGUGUAAAAUGGGUACUUAGAAAUGCCUUAUUACGUAAUCGUUGUUGAAAGUUACGUCAUCGCUAACGCCUGGAUGUUACCAAGAACUGUUGAAAGGAGUGACUUUCGUACCAUAGAUCCUGAGUGUGUGUUCUCCACGGGAAGGAAUAUGGAAUCGCCUCUGAACCCCUAAGGAUGCUUUUGCAGCGGUACAUAAAUAGCCCAUUGAAACUUGGAACUAAACCAUGUACAAAAUGAUUUGGAAACGGCUGCAAUGGACAUCCACACUCCUGUGCUGUCUUUUAGUGGUGGCUGAUGCAGGAAACGAUGAAAUCCACGAUGGACAGGUUCAGGUUCCUUCACAGGUCCUGAGCGACUCACCCGCAUCUAUCACCAAUCACAAUGACUCGCACAGUUCCAAGGAUACAUUAUUUGCAGUAAAUGUGCCGGAGAUGAACUGCAAUGUUGACUACGAUUGUCAUGCCUACGAUAGCCUAAUAUGCUCCGAGGGCCAGUGUAGCUGCAGGCCUCCCUUCUGCUGGAUCUACCAGUACCAGAUGACAGGCUUCUUGGAGGCCAAAAAUGUCUUCUCUUGUGGUGAAUGCGGGAUACUUGGGUCGAGCUGCAACGCCACAAUCGAGUGUGAUUAUCCCGGUGAGUGUCGGAGUGACGUUUGUCACUGCCAUAAGGGGGAAAACUACGACGGAGUCUGCGUCUACUCGAACGUCGGCUGGUCCAACACCUUGGCUUUGUCAGCGAUAGGCAUCCUUAUUUUCUUCCUCAUCUGCAUGUUCUUCGUCAACUGUGUCAGACAACGGCCGUGGAGGAGCUCGAGCGUCUGGAGCUGUACGUGUUCCGAUGACGAUGAGACGCAUCGUCGUCGUGGGUCGUGCGAGAAAAGUCCUGCAUUCACCAUACAGGCUCAUUACGCCAGCCAGGAUCUCACUGCCUGUCAAAGCAGCGUCGAGGAAGUGUCCCCAGUUGGUCUUGGGGGAGCGAUACCGCGGCGCUACCGGAACUUAUCCUCAGAUAACAGCGGCACAGUGUCCAGCAUCUCUUCUGCCGUGACAAACUUGACUACCAAUAACUUCGUGGAGUUUCAAUUUGAUAGCCUCCAGGAUUACCCUCAAAUCUUCCCCUAUCUUCCCUGUUAACUGAACACGCCGUGGGCUACUUACCGGACUGUGCCUCGAGACCAAAUCAUCCAAAAACAUACCUACAGACGACCCCCGCACGGAACAGCAACGACUUCUGUGCCUCAGACAGUCAGUUCUCCUACUGCGGUGUCAUUGGUAUCCCGAAGCAGCGCAUGUGUGACGGCUUCAAUGACUACUGCAGUAACGGAGAGUAUGUGUUUGUGCAGCUGUGUGGCACUGACGAGUGCCGGGAGAAGAUUGUCCGGUGUGAGCCCCUGUGCAUUAACACUCGAGUCAUACUACUGCCAGUGCCGGCCAGGAUACUGACUCGUCAGGAAGUUCAACUGUGAAGGUGAUGCGUGGACUGUCACUGUCACUCUACGACGUUGAUGAGUGUGUGGAGUCGCCCAGAUCCUCUCCAUGAGGGACCAUCCAUUUUCACUCUACAGAUGUUUGUCGGGUUCCUGAAGAUGCGUCGACGUGUUAUCAUCCACACAAGCUUCCCUAACCCUCCCAGUGUACCACAAGACAACAGGCACUGAGGUGGACGGGAGCGCGCGGCUGCAUGCACCAUUGAACAGGACGGUAUUAUAUUCCUCCCACAGGAGUAUGACUACAGCGAAGCAAGCCCAGAAUAAAGUGUUGAGUGACCAUGAUGAUUCAGUACUACUAACACCAAAGAAGUGAGGGAAGUGUUUGGAGUGAGCGUUCAAGACAUACAACAGACACAAGACUGCUACAGCCGGUGUAGCCAAAGGAACAAGAGGAGCAGGAGGAGGAGGAGGAAGAAGAGGGUGGUUCUUGGAGACGUACCAGUGAAGUUCUGAAGGUCGGCCACGAAUCUUCAUCACUGGUGUAGUGUAUUUCAUUGAUUAUUUGUAGAUUUGGAGGAUAAAUUUGUAGAUUUUGUACACAGUUGUAGAUGUGUAGUAGGUAAGGUGUUUUGCAAUGUUUUAUGUACACCAGCAGAAAACCGUGUUAUGUAGAAGCUGAGCAUAGCAUUGUGAUAGGAAUGUACAGUGGACAUAUGUAUAUUGUAUUUAAAAGAGGAGAGCGUAGACUAACAGAGGAAAGUAACCUCUUGGGACACGAGUCCUCUACUCAUCACUCAUCAUUCCUGUCACCUAUCAUGAUCGUUUAUGCUUUAAGGACCAAAUGACAAACGUUUUCACUCCAUGUUGGAAUUCACCACGUAGUGAGUGAAGAUAACGUUCCUUGUUAGGAGACGCCAUCUUCUUAGUGAGUGAGUGUAGCGAGCAUACUGGCUAGUCACACAUCAACAGCUGUGCGUCGCGGUGGAUGACAUGAUGUGUCUUGCUGCCUGGCCAUGACAAUAGAUUAGUACCAAGUAGUAGUUGUUAAGGGUAGUAGUAGUAGUGGAGUGCUUCUCACCCUAUUGCAAGGUGUGGUGUAGACGUGGCUCUGUAUGUAGUGAUCACAAGAAUGUGUUCCUUCUUGUGUGUCUCGAAGAUAGACAACAAAAGUGUUGUUUUUUUGUUUUCUGGGGUGAAGCACAAAGGUAUUGUUACGUGUUUCCAAAGAUGAUGUUUUGCGAGUCUUUCAAUGCAAUAUUUGAUUUAAGUUUCUGGCCAAUGUUUUAUCACGUACUGCAGUUUUUGUUACUUAUAUUUAUUUUUUAUUCCUAUUGAUAUGACGAUGUGUUGUGAAUGAUACUCCUAUAUAUUUCUAAUGGCAACACAAUAUCUCUUGAUAUUAUAAAAUGCAUAAUGUAUCGAUCUGUUUUCAUAUCAGUUGAAAGAGAUGCAGAACAAUAUCUGGUUUGCAAGGGAAAUUAAAUUAGUAAACAAUUUCUUGCAUGUCGCCACAGCAACUUAGGUGAUGUGAUGCCACAAUAUAGUUGCAUGGAAAUACUAGUAAUGUUAAACUGAAUGCAUGCCAGUGUCACCACACUGGCAUGCAUUCAGUUGCUGCUUCCCUCACCACUCCCUAUCGCCGUCGCCUAUCUCCUCGUCACAUGCUGGAAUUUUAAGUCAGCCAAAAUGGUGGUUCCAUUGCACAUGUGCAUAGAGUGUAGACACCCACCAACGCCGUCACUCUCACUUCCUUCUGCUGAUUUGAUGAUUAUGAAUAAAUUUAAACGCGGCCACAGACAACUGCACAUUUGCACUCAUAGCUACGGUCAGGAAGAAACUGAAUGACACUGUUGCAUCACUCAACUAUGAUAAAGCACGCGAACACACAACAGUCGGUAAAAUAACCUGUUGCACCGUAUCAUAUCACAGGGUGAUACGCAACGAUGAAACGAUGCAACUGUGUAGGCACCUUAAAAAAAUGUUGAUGGUAGUUGUGUCAGUGUGUUGUGUAUUGGUGGUGGUGGUGGUUGUGGUGAUUGUGGAGGUAAUUGUUUGUGGUGUUUCCUUUUUUUGCAUAAUGAAUAUUGAUUGAUUGACUGACCGGCUGAUGAAUAUAUAUACUGAUUGACGGAUAGAUUGUCUGUCUAACACUCUAACUGAAAGUUUCACUGACUCACUCACUCACUCACUCACUCACUUUAGCAAAGUGACUGUUUGGCUGACUGACUAUUUGGCUGACUGAUUGAAUGACUGACUGAAUGGCUGACACACUGACUGAAUGACUGUCUGGUUGACUGACAGCGUCCCUCCUUGGCACAAAAAAAGCACCGCGCGGUACGAGGGCGCUAAGAAAAUUACUAUAUGAAAGGUGUUGUGCGCGUGGCCCGGCACAUGUUGCUGUACGCAAUUGUGCACGUGUAGUGACCUGAUAAGUGUGUAGAGAACCACUGAAGACGACAGAGGGAAAGGGAAUCGGAUAAGCGCCUGACAACACGUAUAUCUCACCAACGCCCACUCCCACGCUCAUGCUACGUGGGUCCGUAGGCGUGUAGAUCGGGAAGGGUGUGUCGUCAGGGACCGACCGUCCAGUUGACACGACACAGUAUGCUAAUAUUGGCGAUGCAAUUGAUAAAGCCGUUGUGUCCCUCGCCUAUCACUAACACACACCCGUUCAUAAGGGCGAAGGUGGGCAGGAGCAGGUACUGACAGUGGUUGUAGUGGUGGUGGUGGUGGUAUUUAUAUGCUUGAGAGAAGAUACAUGGAUAAGAGGUUAAUUUGAUGGGUUGAUAGAUAUGUAAAUGGACAGUUGGAUAAACAAACAGAUAGAUGGAUAGAUAGGCAGAUAGAUAAGUCAAUGAAUUCCUACAUAAUUAAGUUAAAAGUGUAUGUUCAUAGAAAAACAUCUAUAUUCCUCUACUUAGUAUCCUUUCAUCCUGGUUUAUUGUCAGGAAUACUCGUAUAACAGGUGGUAGAAAAGAGAAUGAGAGAGAUACUAUAGUCCGCCUUUUAGGCACCUUGAUUCUCGUCCCGCAGGAGCUGCCAACACUCGCUGUACAACUAGAUACUACUAAACUUUCCUGCUUUGAUAAAUAACCAUAGCUGGACACGAUAACGAAGAGAAAGAUGUCACAAUAACCAAUAAAACGACAUGUGGUAUUUGCAUAA